AUGUUCUGGGAGGCCGACUCCUUCAUCGAGGACGGAGAUGAUCAAGACGCCUCGGAGUCAAGCGUCACUCCCUGUAGUGUGCCGACUCAGACCACUAGUGAGUCCUACCAUGAUAUGUUACUCAUUGAUGUUAGGAAAGGCCAUAAGCCUGUACAUGUCCAGCUCGCGUCCCCUGCCGAAACAGUAUCGUGGAAAUUAUACGACGAGCCUCGUAUUGUGUGGGGUACAGUGGCCUGCAGUAUGAAAACUGUUGGUCAGCAGUCUCUUGGUUCCUCAGCCGAUGUCACUAAGCCGUAUUUUGCCGCCCUCUUGCUGAACAGUGCAGUGGACAUGAGGGCUCAGAGGACAGGUACUGGUCACGGGACCUCUUGCAGAGCUACAGUCGCCCUCACUUGAUCGUGGUGCCGGGUCAUUGCCAUAUCAUAAGGCAAUGACCCGAAGAAGGGCCUCGAUGCAGUAUCAAGGCGAUGAAUAUCGAUGAAUAUACUCGAGUGUCGGAACAACGAGGAGUGAAUAUAAUAUUCAUCACUCGAAUAUCGAGUGUCCUCGACGGUUUAUUUGUCUGACCCUGGGAGCGGUCAUUAUGGCAUGUACUAGAUUCUAGAAGGUCACUAUCGUCCUCGAACGCGCACCGCUGUUGGUGGGGCCAUAGGAUGCAUCAGUAUCUGACGCAGCUACCCUAUUCGGACGGUAGCUGCAAGGCGAGUCUGGGGUGGGACCAAGCCUUGGGGUCGAUAUUGUUGGUCGAGUUUGCGUUCCCCGGGCCACCCACAGUGGUCCCGUGGGACUACACCGCACUGGUUUUCGAGUCCCUUCUGGGGUAUCUCUACCUUGCUGGUAAUAAUGAGCACACACGGUAGUGUAUGGUGUAACGGUCACGUUCAUCGUGUGGUAUUUAGAUCACCAUGCAUGAUGAACUCUGUUGCUUCUGGCAUCGAAAAGGCUGUUCGUUUACUGAGAGUUUCCUAGAUACCGUUCCCC